AUGCGACCAUCAACGUCUCCCUUCCAGAACAAUCAAACUAGCAAUCCCCGCGCCCAUUCCCCCGGAUCCAUGAAUCUUCGCCAUCGAGGCCCGGCCCGCUCUGCCACCUUCGCAGAGGGCUGUUCAUCAAAUCUAAAAAACGAACGACGCAACUCGACCUUCUCAGAUUCGGUCUCCGAGGCACGGAAUUCCAUCCGAUCCUCCACCGACGAUCUAUUCUUCCCACGCGCAGCCAAGGGUUCCUACGACGCCGCGGAUGCGCCCAAUGAGGAGUCGCACUGGCAUUCUGCACCCCUGGGCCUCGCCCUCCUGCCUGCCAUCGCCGGGGUCUUUUUCCAGAACGGAAGCGCCGUCGUAACAGAUGUUACUCUGCUAGUAUUAGCAGCCAUCUUUUUAAACUGGUCUGUCAGACUGCCAUGGUAA